UCGGAUGUGGGUGUGUCACGUUUAAAUGAAUGCCUCCAAUUCUCAAAACGACAGCUGUGAGUCUGUUAGCAGGUGAAUAAAGACCGUUUAUGAGUUGAUGUUGUGGAUAAAAUGCCAAGAGUCGGAGCAGGGGAGGAGCUGCGGACUCUGACGGAGUGUCAGUACAGUUAUCCAGGAGAGACUCUCUGUGAUCUUCAGAAGGUUUGUUCUCUCUUUUCUGAUCUUCGUCUCUAUGUGGAUUAUUACUGUUUUCCUCACAAAGACAAGAAGAAGCUGGUGUUUUUGGCCGGGACUCUUCCUGUUCACUAUGAAGGAAGUGAGUAUAAUAUCCCAGUGUGCAUCUGGCUCCAUGAGACCCACCCGCUGUCCAGACCUCGCUGCUUCGUCUGUCCGUCCGUCUCCAUGCUGAUCAACCCCGCCUGCUCCUACGUGGAAGCCUCCGGAAACAUCAGUCUGCACGGACUCACGAACUGGAUUCAUGGCGUGUCCAACCUGUCACUGCUGAUGUCAGAGAUGAGGCGGGCCUUCCGGAGGGACACACCCCUUUAUGCCAGGUCUCCUCUACAAGCCCUGCCCCCUGCAGCUGGAAGCAUCCAUCCCACCCCCUCCUCCCCCCAGAGCCGCCACCUCUCCCUCGCCUCGUCCCACCUGUCUGCGCAGAAAGCCAGCCGAUGGGAGCAGAGCAGGGAGGUGAGGGUGAGGAGGUCGUACACGGAGGAGCUGCUGGGGAUCGACUUCAGUGCUCCUCCGUCCUCCCUCAGCGCCUCCUCCUGCUCUUCAGGUGAGACUGACCUGAACUUAAUGACAGACAGUCUCAGCAAGAGGCUGGGAGCUCUGAGGCUGGCCGGAGCGUCCAGCAGAGAGCAGCAAGGUGACUCACCUGAACGGAUCGUCCAAUCAGAAGCGGCCUCAGACCGACACAAGACAGGUUCUGUGGUUCUGGUUCCAGGUUCAGAACUAGCAGCUGGAACUGACCACAUCAAGAUUGCAGCUUGUCUUCCUCCGGACCAGGCGGCCAUCUACCUGUCUCUGGUGACCAUUGAGGGGCGUGUCUUCAGCCCCAGUGAUGUCAUGGAGGCGGUUCAACUCAGCAGAGAUCUCCCAUCAGCCCUGAGGUUCCUGACUCACAGCUGCCCCAUCUGUCAGGAGCAGGUUUCCUUCAACAAGAUCAUCACCAUGACUCACUGUUCCUGCUUCCUGUGUCAGACAUGUUUUAAGAUGUUUUUCUCGUCGGCCAUUAAAGAGAAGAGCAUCGAUCAGCUGGUCUGUCCCCAGUGUGGCCGCCCUGAGGUCAAAGGUCCAGGAGGGAUGGAGUACUUCAACCUGCUGGACACACAGAUCCGUCACUUCCUGCCUCCUCAGAUCCACGAACUCUUCCAGAGGAAACUCAGAGAUCAAGCUCUGCAGGAGAUGCCUAACUUCUGUUGGUGUGCUCAUUGUUCGUUCGGCAUGCUUCAUGAAGGCGACAGGUUGAGGAUGGACUGUCCGAGCUGUAAGAAGAGUACUUGCUGUCAGUGCAGAUCACCUUGGUCUCCUCAACAUCAGGGACUCUCCUGUCAGCAGUUCAGAGUGUGGAAGCAGCAGAACCAGCCGGACCUCCUAACGUCCUCCCCGCUCAGCUACAACAGCAUCGUGUGUCCAAACUGUCAGUGUGUCUUCAGUCUGUCUAAAGGAGGCUGUCUUCACUUCACCUGCAGUCAGUGUCAGCACCAGUUCUGUGGAGGCUGCAGUCGGACCUUCACCCUCGGAUCUGCCUGCGGCUUCUCUGCUGACUGUGGAACCAAAGGUCUUCACGCCCAUCACCCCAGAGACUGCCUUUAUCACCUGAGAGACUGGAAUGUGCCCCGCCUUCAGCUGCUGCUGCAGUAUUACAGAGUUUCUCCUACCUGGUUGGGACCAGCCCGUUGCAGCUCACCUGACACACACAGUCAGACAGGUGAGGUCUCUUUAUGCUCAUCAGGUGCAAUCUUUUCUCUCACAGCUGAUUCACCUGUUUGUUCAUUUACAGGAGUGUGUUUGGUUUUGGAGCUUCGAGACGACGACAGCGGACGAGACGAGCCCUGCGGACGAGCUGCCCUAUCUGAAUACAGAGGCUACUGCCAGUUGCACUAUAAGGAACGUUUGGUGCAGCUGAUCAACCGUCGCGGUGUCGACCCGGCAGCCCUCUUCAGCCCAGCAGAGAUGAAGGCGGAGCUGCAGCGCUGGAACGUUGCCAAGCCGACCAAGAAAGCAGAGGAACCAGAGCAUCUGUACGCACAGCGCCUCCGCAUGACUCUGACCAAUAGUAUUCCUCUCAGGAAGCAGCUCUGACCUCUGCUGGAGCUCCGCCUCCUCACCUGCUACCCACUGACUGACUCCGCCCACUCGUGUCAGCAUAUUAACCACUAACGACUAUGACCCCGUGAGUGAUGGCAGAGCACGUGACGUCUCAAUCCCAGUGACAUCACAUACUUCAGCCUUCUGAUUGGCUCAUUGUUUGCAGUGGAAACAAAACAGACUUUACUAGAAGACGAAUAAAAUGGGACCAAAGAGUUCAGGACUGAGCUAAAUCUUAAUGAGCUGGGUGUUACUGCCAUAAAACGGCAUGCUAACAAGCUAACAAUGCUAAUAUGUGUCCUCGUUUGAGUAAGUGCGAGCACCCGUUAGCACGUGUUGAUGCAGAGAAUGUCGACCUACUUCUACUGAAAUUGUUUCGGCACUUUAACUGUUUGAAUAAAUAUAUAAUAUAACUAAGACA